UAGGGGUGUGUGUGUGUGUGUGUGUGUGUGUGUGUCGGGGAGUAGGAAGGGAUUGAGGCUGCGUUCCUGCAGCUAACCCCCAGCAGCUCAGCUCUGUGUUGUCACCGGGAAACAAGCGACCAUCCAGGCUGAGGCUGCCCAGAUCUGUUCUGCUUCCUGUCUGAAAUAAAAGGGAAAGGAACAGCUGUGGUUCCCCCUCUUUCCUCUUUUUCUUUUUCCACUGUGGAUGGACUGUCAUCCUGUGCUCAGAAAGACAGACAGAUGGACAGACAGACAGAGGCUCACAACAAGCUCACAAUGUGAAGGGCAUAGGGAGGGAGGUGGCGAGCAUGUGACUGGAGAAUGGCUCACUAUAAGGAUGUAACUGUCAAAAAGACCUCUUCUCUUAACUUGGUGACGGGAUUCUUUCAGUAUCUCCGUGAUGAGCAAGAAGCAGUACAGAAGAGAACUUUUACUAAAUGGAUCAAUUCCCACUUGACAAAGUGUAAACCACCUCUAGAGGUCACCGACCUUUUCGAGGACAUCAAAGAUGGGGUGAAACUGUUAGCUCUAUUGGAGGUGCUGUCUGGACAGAGACUGCCGUGUGAGCAGGGCCGCCAGCUGAAGAGGAUCCACUGGGUGUCCAACAUCGGCACCGCCCUCAGGUUCCUCGAAGGCAGGAAGUCUGUGUACCGAGGAUCCCCGAUCAAGUUAGUCAACAUCCAUGCCACUGACAUAGCAGACGGUCGACCAUCCAUUGUCCUGGGGUUGAUAUGGACUGUCAUCCUCUACUUCCAGAUCGAGGAGUUGACCAGUAACCUGUUAGCCCUGGAGGCCCUGUCCAGCAGUACCUCCUCAGUGGACAGCAUGGCCAGUAACUCAGAGACAGGCAGUCCCGCCUUGAAGAGGGAGGUUGUACCCAAGAAGUUCCAGGGCAACGCCAAGAAGGCCCUCCUCAGAUGGGUACAGAGCACCGCUGCCAAUGGUCAGGGCAUCGAGGUAAAGGACUUUGGUGCCAGUUGGCGUAGCGGUGUGGCGUUCCACUCUGUGGUCCAUGCCAUCCGCCCAGACCUGGUGGACAUGGAGGUGGUGAGGAGGAGGAGCAACCGGGAGAACCUGGAGGAAGCCUUCUCAUUGGCCGAGAACGAGCUGGGCAUACCACGCCUGCUGGACCCAGAAGAUGUGGAUGUAGAUAAACCGGAUGAGAAGUCCAUCAUGACAUAUGUUGCUCAGUUCCUCAAGCACUACCCCAACCCCCACCACUCUGAGACAGAUGGACAGGAAGAAGAGUAUGUUCCUCAAGAUAUAGAGAAAAUGCUACAGAGAGAAGAACGGAAGGUUCUGAGGGAGCUGAAGGUGUGGCUGGAACAGAUGGAGAGAGACGUGCUGCAGGUGCAGGGGGCAGAAGGCAACAUCACUGACAAGUACCAGGGUUUCAAGAGUUUCCGUGUGCAGUAUGAGAUAAAAAAGAAGCAGACAGAGCCGCUGCUGCAGCCGGUUAACAAAAAUGGGAAGUUGUCUGUAGACCAGGCCUUGGUCAACCAGGCAUGGGAACACGUCUCUAGCACGCUCCUGGACUGGCACAUCCAUCUGGAUAAGUCGUUGCCUGGCCCCCUGGGGGUAAUCGGAGCCUUGCUGCAUCGAGCUGAGAUCGCCCUGAGAGAGGAGAUUCCCAUCCAACAAGCUCAUGAAGAGACAGCCAAUUUGAUCCAGAGGAAGCUGGAACAGCACAAGGAGAUCCUGAAGAACUUGGAGUCCCACAAACAGACGUUCCAGCAGAUCCACCGAGACAGAUCAGUAAACGGGGUCCCUGUCCCCCCCGAACAGCUCCAAGACAUGGCCGAAAGAUUCAAUUACGUGUCCACAUCAUCUUAUGCCCACCUGAUCAAACUGGAAUUCUGGGAGAUCAAGUACCGUCUGAUGGCGUUUCUCAUCCUGGCUGAGUCUAAGCUCAAGUCCUGGAUCAUCAAAUAUGGCCGCCGUGACUCUGUGGAACUACUGCUACAGAGCUACAUUACCUUCAUCGAGGGACACAUGUUCUUCGAACAGUAUGAGACAACAUUUAAGGCACUCAGGCAAUCUGCAGAUGUCUACGUCAAGUCUGAUUGUUCAGCUGAGGAAGCGGAGGGUGUGGGUAAGUUCAUGUCGGAUGCGUCGGCCCAGUGGAAGAACCUGUCGGUGGAGGUGCGUAGCGUCCGUAGCAUGCUGGAGGAGGUCAUCUCUAACUGGGAGAAGUACAGCAGUACGGUGGCCGGACUGCAGGCCUGGUUGGAGGACGCAGAGCAGAUGCUCAACCAGUCAGAGAACGACAAACGGGACUUCUUCCGGAACCUUCCUCACUGGAUCCAGCAGCACCUGGACAUGAACGAUGCAGGGAACUUCCUGAUUGAGACGUGCGAUGAGACCGUCUCCAGAGACUUGAAGCAGCAGCUGCUCCUUCUCAACGGGAGGUGGAGGGAGCUGUUUGUUAAAGUCAAACAUUAUGCUAGAGUGGACGAGGUGGACAAGUGGAAGCAGGACUAUCAGGACUGUAUCGCUACUCUCAAAACCUUCAUGGAUGCAACCAACGACAAGAUGACUGCCCCCGUCCAAGUGUCCUUCCUGAACGUCAGGACAUUCGUUCAAGAUGUUGAGGACAUUAAGAACAAGGUCCCGGCCAUGGAGGCAGCCUGUAAGACAGCCAGCCGCACCGCCCAGCUGCUGAUCAAAGACACGCCCGCGGAGGAGGUCUCUACCAUGCUGGCUGUCAUGGCUUCUAUCAAGGAGGAGAUGAGCAAGAUAAAGGAGCGGUCUCUGCCGCUGCUACGGGAUGCCCAGUCCCUGCUGCCUGCUCUGGAGGAGAUGGAGAAGAACAUCACAGGGUUCUACCAGGCCCUGGAGAAAGCCAGCCGCAUCACCUGCUCCAGGGACUCAGAGGCCCACGGGGACUUCAAACAGAAAUGCCAGGAGCUGGUGACCUUCACCCAGAGCUGUAAAAAGUGUCUGACUGUGAUAGAGAAUAACCAUCAGAGUGUCCAGAGAAUCCUGGACAGCAGUAAGACCCUACAGCACCUGGACAUGGCCCUGCUGCAGAAGAGAGCCGCCGACCUCCAGGCCUCCUCACAGGCAAUGAUCAAGGAGUCUACUGAGUGGAAGAAUCAUGUGGAGGUCAACAGCAGCUUAAUGAAGAGGUUUGACGAGUCCCGUGGCGAGCUGGAGAAGGUGCUGAAAGUCGCUCAGGCCUUUCUAAAUGAGAGAGGCAACCCAGAAGACCUGCUAAAAAAACACACGGAGUUCUUUGUGCAGCUGGACCAGCAGGUCCUCGAUGCGUUCCUGAAGGCCUGUGAUGAACUGACAGACAUAGUGCCUAAGGAGGAGCAGCAGAGUCUGCAGGAGACAGUCAGGAAACUGCACAGACACUGGAAGGAUGUCCAGACAGAGGCUCCCUACCACCUGCUGCAUCUGAAGGUAGAGGUGGAACGGAGUAAGCUAAUGGUCUCCAUGCAGGAGUGUCAGUCAGAGCUGACCAGAGAGAACAGACACCUGGCUGGCAUGGGGAGUGAGAGGCUGAUCAAGGAACACAGGGACUUCUUCAGGGAGAAGGGUCCUCAGUCUCUGUGUGAGAAGAAACUACAGCUGAUGGAGGAACUGUGUCAGAAGCUUCCGGACAGUAACCCAGCCCACCAGACCCUGGACAGCUCUAAGAAGGCCUACUCUGAGCUCUGGGAGGAGAUAGAUAGCACCCAUCACAAUCUGAUGCAGCACCCUGAUAAGUGGGAGGAGUUUAACACCAGGUUCUCCGAGUUGUCAGCCUGGCUUUCGUCUAAAGAGAGCCAACUCAGACUGCUCAGGAACAGAGCAAACGACCCCAGCAAGCACGAACAGGUCAAGGCCACCAUCACAGAGCUGAGGAACGAUGCAGAGCUGCAGGAGGGGAACCUGGGCUGGCUGAAGUCCCGGCUGGCUGUGCUGAUAGAGAUCUGCUCCGAGACAGAUGCACAGAGUCAGGCUGGGGCAAUCAAUAAACUUUCCACCAACUUCAAGGGCCUCCUCUCCUAUCUCACUGAGUCUGAGAAGGUGGUGCUGGCGGUGGGGGACUGUGUGCAGUUCAGGGAGGAGGUGCGUGGUGCACUGAAUGAGCUGGAGCAGGGUCAGCAGGAGGUACACCUGGAGGUGACCAGGAUACUGGACUCUGAGACCGUCAGGGAGGCCCAGCAAUUGCUCCAGGUUCACCAGCAACAGCUGAAGCGUCUGCGUAUGAAGAGGAAGGAUGUGCAGCAGCAGAUCGCUAGGGGCCAUCAGCUACAGGCUGAGGAGGGGCUGGGGGAGACCUUACAGCAGGACCUACAGAGUCUAGAGACAACACUCAGCAACAUGGACCACACCAUGGACUCACAGGAGCAGGAGUUAGAGGUGACUCUGUCUGCAUGGCAGGAGUUUGACAGCCAGCAGAGGACAGUGCAGGAGUUUGUUACCAGGGCGCUCUCUGUCAUGGACAGAGACCUGAACUUUAGCAGCCCAGAGAGCCUGGCUACUGAACUGGACCAGGCCAGGGUCCUUUUAAAGCAGAGUGAAGCAGAAGCCUGCACGGUGAACACCCUGUUGAGGAAAGCAGCAGAGAUCCAGCUUGGCCCAAAGAACACCACCUUGCUACCAGAGCAAGCCCGCUCCCUCAGCGAACAGCUGGACAAAGUGGAGGCUGGCCUCAAGAAAGACGCCAACGCUCUUGAUGGGAUGAAGAAUCAGUGGACUCGGUUUGGGACGGAGCUUGAGGCCUUCUCCUCAUGGAUCUCUGAGAAAGAGAAAGAAAUGGACGCUCUAAAGAGUUCUGCUGCUCCACUUGGACAACAGAUCAACACAGUAAAGGCGGUGGGUGUGGAGCUGGGGGACAAGGCGGAGGUGUUAUCCCAGCUAGAAGCCCACUCCCAGGCCCUGGCCCAGUUCAUCUCCUCUGGGGAGGCAGCCCGUAUCAAGGCUCGGCUCACCCAGAUCAGCAGAUACUGGGAGGAGCUCAGGGAGAGUGUGGAGCAGCUAGAAGGACAGCUGCAGGAGAGCUCCUCCGCACAGCACCGCUUCAACACCAGCCUGGAAGAGGCCAAAACAACACUUGGUGAUCUCCAUAAGAAACUGGACCAUCCUGUCACUUCUUGUACCUCCUCGUCAGAGACCUACAAAUGUCUCCAGAACCACAUGGAUGUGUCCCAGAGCUUGGAGAGCCUGAAGGCAGCCUUGUUGCCCCUGUCUGCUGGGGCACGUAGACUCAGUGACAGGGAGCAGGCUGAGAGGGCAGUGGCCGCUCUACAGACCAGCUAUGACCAGAGUCUAGGGCAGGCCAAAGAAAAACAGAACACACUGGAGAAAGUGCUAUCUCUAUGGCAAAAGUAUGAGAAGGAUCGUUCUAGCUUUGUAUCCUGCUUGGAGAGAUGUGAGUCUACAUCCAAACCUGAGAGUCAUUGCCUGCCUGCAGAUAAAAUCAAGCUGGAGAGUGAGCUGCAGGACCUGCAGGACUUGCAGUCUGAGGUGGUGUCGCUGGAGCCCCUCCAUGAUGGCCUUGUGGCUUCAGGGACAGCCCUGUACCCCACCGUCCCAGAGGAGAAGGCAAGGCAGCUCAGUGAUGACCUGGAGCAGCUGAAGAAGAGAUGGAACUCCCAGAAUGAACUCAUCCCUCACAGAAUCAAGGAGCUCCAGAGCCAGCUGUCCCAGGUGGAGCAGUUUGACCUGGCCCUGUUGAAGUUCUCUCAGUGGUCUGAGACCCUCCUCUCCACCCUCCACUCAACCUCCCUGGUCAACAUCACUGACCUGCAGCCUGCUGUGGCCCAAGUCAAGGAAACACUAGUGGCUCUUCAGAAGCAGAGUGGUGUGAGGGAGAGCUUGGAGCUCCAGACAGAGGGGCUGUGUGCCUUGUGUGAACCCCAGGAUGCUCAGCUCCUCCAGGGGAGACAGGUCAGCUGCCUACAGCCCUACCUGGAGGUCCAGCAGCUGGCUGAGCUCCGGCUGGACUGCCUGGGGAAGCUGGAGGCCUUCUUGGAGACCCACGGUGCGGCUGUGGGGGUGCUACGAGGCUUGAGGCAGACGGUGGAGAGUUCAGGGAGCUGGGACCAUGGUCGGGUGGAGGAACUACAGAGAGAACUGGAGGCCAUCGUCCCAGACAUCAGCAGUCUGGAGACCCUGGCAGCCGGCCUGGACAGCAGCCUCUGUAAAGGCCACCUCCACAUGGUGAGCGGUGUGGAGGGGUCUGGGUCCCGGACGUCGUGCCGGGUGCUGGCUGAUGGUCUCAGCGGGGAGCUGGACACAGUGAGGAAUCUGCUUGGGACCAAGCAGAGCGAGGCAGAGGCCCUGGGAGCGCUAUGGAGCUCCUUCAGACAGAGGAAGGAACAGCUGUUGAAAAGCGUGGAGGACAUCAAGGAGAAGGCAGACCACCAGAGCCUGCGAGAACCCAGCCCACUCGCCCUGCAGCAGAGGCUGCGGUUCUAUAACCAGCUGGAGGAUGAGCUCCAGUCUCAACAACACGAGGAGCAGUGGCUCAGGGACAAGGGUCAGCAACUAGCCCAGAGAGAUGCAGAGCUGGCCGGGGAAGUUCUCAGGGAGAUCAGCCUCUUGGUAACCACCUGGGAGGAUACCAAGAGACUCAUAACUGACAGGCAGGAGCAGUGCAGUGUGCUGGUGGAGCUGAUGAGAGAAUACCAUAACCUGAGGACAUCCAUAGCCGCCACCUUGGAGAACACUGAGGCUGUGGCUGACAUCGGCUCGGCUCUGAAAGACCACGAGGAGACCAAAAAAUCGCUGGCAAAGCAUGAAGCGGUGAAGGCAGAGAUGUUGGCCAAGCAGAGUGACCUGGACCAGUUCUCCAGUAAAGGAAAACUUCUGCUGUGUGAUCUGAAGAAGAUCCCAGACUGUGAGGCUCAGCUGAUGACGACAGACAUGCAGACUCUAGUAGACCAGUGGCUCGAGGUGUCCGAGAGGAUUGACGACAACAUUGAGCAUCUGAGCCAGAGCCUGGCGUUGUCGGAUGACGUGCAGCAGAUCAGUGAGGAGAUCGAGGGCUGGACCAACAGCUCAAUGAUGGAACUCAGUGAAAGCCUGAAUAACCUCAUUGGCAGCCAGAGAAUGGAGGCCAGACUCUCUGCGUUACAGUUGGAGAUGGGGAAGAAAGAGCACCAGCUUGUGACCCUGCAAGGGAAAGUGUCAGAACUGAAGCAACUCAACUGUAGCCAGGACACUCCCGCCAAACUACAGGUGCUGGAGGCGGACCUGAGGAAAAAGCUGAGCCAGGUGCAGAAGCUAUGUGAGCAGGCCAGGGGAAACCUCAGGGACUUCAGCUCCCAGAGGAAGCAGUUAGAGGACUACAUUACCCAGAUGUCUGAUUGGCUGAAGACCAUAGAGCAGUCCCUGACGAGCUCACCGAUUGGCUCUGACCUAGAGGACAUCUGCAGAGUCAAGGACCUCCAGAAAGACCUUCAGAACCAGCAAGGCAGCAUAGAUUCCACCAGGGAGAGCCUGAACACUCUGUGUCGGAAGUACCCUUCUGAGGAGCUGGCUGGGCUGGGUAGUGCACUCACUGACCUUAUCAAGGGCUAUGAGUCUGUCAACCAGCUUUCCUCCAGGACCCUGGCCUCCCUGCAACACGGACUGCAAAAACACUUCAACGACCUGGUUCGGGAGUUCCACAGCUGGCUGUCUGGGCAGAGGGAGGUAGUGAAGGAGUGCUCUGACCGAUCAGGAGACACUAGCAUCGUGGAGCGUAAACUCCAGAAGCUAAAGGGGGCGCUGGAGCGUGUGGAGGAUGGGGAGCUACGUCUGACUCACGUGUGUGAGGAAGGGGAGAAGCUCCUGCUCCACCUCCCUAAGGCCAGCGCUGGCCAGGUGCAGCAGCACCUCUCCUCCAUCCAGCAGGACUGGGACCGCUAUGUUGAGCAGUGUAGACUCAACCAGCAGGCCCUGGAGGACAGCACUGCACAACUCAAUGGGUUUGAGGGGCGUCUGAAGAGGCUGAGGCAGUGGCUGGAACACAUGGAGCAGAGGGUGACCUCAGAGCUGCCUGAGGAGAAACACAGGGGUCUUGAGAAGGCAACACUGGAGGGGGUGGAGGAAUACCACCAGGAAGUGCUCAAAGAGAGGGACUCUUUCGAGCGACUGUGUCAGGAGUCACAGGUUUUGAAUGAAGGUGGACGGGGCGACGGUGGUGAGACACGGGCGGCUGCGGGGCUGCAGUCUCAGCACCAGGCUCUGCUGCGGAGGGUGAGGGAGAGGCUGAGGUGCUGCCAGGUGAACCUACAGGAACAGGAGGCAUUUAAGGAGACCCUGCAGAGCACCUGGUCCUGGCUAAACGGGCUGAAGGAACGACUGGGGACCCUCAACAGUACCCUGGGUAAUAAGGUGACGCUGGAGAAGCGACUGGGACUUGUACAGGACAUCCUGCUGAUGAAGGGCGAGGGUGAGGUGAAGCUGAACAUGGCGGUAGGGAAGGGCGAGCAGGUUCUGAAGCACAACAGUGUGGAGGGACAGGAGGCCAUCUGCUCCCAGUUACAGAACCUGAAGGACGCCUGGGCCAGCAUGCUCAUGACCUCCAUGAGUUGUCACAGUCGUCUGGAAUGGACGGUAGCCCAGUGGAGUAACUACCAGGAUAGUAAGGGGCAGCUGCAGCAGUGGAUGGAGUCUGUAGAGCAGGAGGUGGGUCUGGCCCUGGACCAGCAGCCAGGCCUGAAGGAGAAGGCCUAUCUCCUGGAGCGUCUCAGAGCCCUCCAGGCUGACGUGGAGGCCCACGCAGCACCACUGGCCAGGCUGACAGAGACGGCUGCAGAGCUGCAUGAGAAGACAGGUGACCAGGCUUUUGGACCAGAGCAGAGAAUGGAACUCAAUGCACACUUCGCUGACAUUACCGCUGUCGUCAAGGGUAAGGUUCAGGCCAUGGAGAACAGAGUGACAGAGCAUGAGCACUACCUGGAAGCUGUGAGGGACUUCAAUGAUUGGCUGGCCUCUGCCAAGGAGGAGCUCCAGCACUGGUCUGACCUUUCAGGAGACUCCACCUCUGUAAACAGGAAACUUGCCAAAGUCCAGGAGCUGAUAGACUCCAGGCAGCGUGGCCGAGAGUGUCUGAGCCGGGUGCAGCGUUGUGGGGCUGCAACGAGGGACCACACUGGCUCCGCGGGCUUCGAAGCAGUGGAGAGGGAGGAGGCAGCCCUGCUGUCUGCCUGGGAGCAGUGGGAGCGCGGGGCACUGCAGAACAGGGCAGGCCUGGAGACUGCUCUCUCCCAACUCGCCAGCUCCGAACAGGAGUUUAACUGCUUGGCUGCUCAGCUGGAGAUGGACCUGCAGGAGUUUAGCAGUCAGCUACAGGAGUGGAGACACAGGCUCUCUCAGGCAGAGGGGAAAAACAGUAGGGAGGAGGCUGUGCAGGGCUGGCAGAUUGCAAAGGACACUCUGGAGGGUCUAGUCAAAAUGGAGCUCAUGUCAGACAGUCUGAAGUACCAGCUCAACGGUCUGUGUCGGUUCUCCAAGGACCUGGGUACUCAGUCAGAGAGAGUAUCCUCCCUUAUCAAGGAGUACAACAGGCUGAGCCUGCAGGCCUCCAGAGAAUCCCAAAACAAAGAGAAGCUUCUGGAGCAGCAGUUCCGUGGCGCUUUCCGAGAGUUCCAGCAGUGGCUGGUCAAUGCCAAAAUCAACACAGCCAAGUGCUUUGAUGUGCCUCAGAACCUCAGUGAGGCCUCCUCCAGCCUGCAGAAGAUACAGGAGUUCCUGAGUGACAGGGAGCAGGGCCACUCCAAACUAAAUGCUGUGGUGCUCAGUGGUGAGCUGGUGGUCAGUAUCGCUGCCAAGGACAGAGUAGACGCUGUCCGGGCCAAAAUGAGCAGUGCCAGAGAAGACUGGAAGACUCUGAUGUCCAACGUGCACCAGAGGGAGACUGCCCUACAGAACCUCCAGUCUCAGAUGAAGGACUUUGAGGCGAGUGUGGAGCCUCUUCAGGAGUGGCUGAACGGGACAGAGGUUGCUGUACAGGAGAGCAGCACACGACUCAACGACCUCACUGCCAAAAAGCAGGAGUUGCACAAGCUGCAGUCUGUGCUCGAGGAGUUAGCCUCUCAAGAGGUUCAGCUGAUAAGGCUCAGAGAGAAGGCCCAGCUACUAUGGGACGGACACGCGGCCAGAAAGGGCUUUGUCCACCGUGUCUCGCAGCUCUCCGCUCAGUACUUAGCUCUAACCAACCUGACCAAGGAGAAGGCUUCCCGUAUCGACCGCAUCGUCACUGAGCACCAGCUGUUCUCCCAGGGGCUGAAAGAGCUGCAGAACUGGGUGGCCGACACCAGCCACAUGCUGCAGACCUACUGCACUCCCACAGCAGACAAAAAUGUCCUGGACAGCAGGAUGAUCAAGCUGGAGGCGUUGCUGACAGCACGUCAGGAGAAGGAGAUCCAGCUGAAGAUGCUGGUCACCAGGGGAGAGUCUGUCCAGAGGAACACAUCAGUAGAGGGUGUACCAGUAGUCUGCAAGAACAUCCAGGACCUCAAAGACUCCUGGGAAACCCUGCUCUCUGCCUCCAUCCAAUGCAAAAGCCAGUUGGAGGGAGCCCUCUCCCAGUGGACCAGCUACCAGGAGGACGUGUGUCAGUUUGUGGGCUGGGUGGAGCAUGUUGAGGAGAGCCUGGAACCAAGAGACAAACAGUGCUCCGAGAUGAGAGACAAAACUGCCAACCUGGGCAAAGCCAAGCUUCUCUAUGAGGAGGUUCUUAGCCACAGCAGUCUACUGGACACCAUCACCGUGAAGGGAACCAACAUGGCAGAACACUAUGUCACCCAGCUAGAGCUCCAGGACCUGCAGGAACGAUACCACACCGUCAAGGACAGCACCAAGACUGCGGUGGGGAAGGCAGAAGAGCUGGUGCAGGCCCACCAGGAGUACGAGAGAGGCCUACAUGUGUUUGAGGCAUGGCUGGAGCAGGAGCAGGAGAAACUGGGCUGCUACACACAGCUAGAGGGGGAUGUGGACACUCUGGAGGAGACGCUUCAGAAACUACAGGAGCUGCAGGUCCAGUGCACGGAGGGCCAGGCCCUACUCAACACCCUGCUGGAUAGUAGAGACCAGGUUGUGCCCUGGGGUGUCCCCCAAAUUGAGGACCGGAUCCUGGAGACCUUGCAGCAGGACUGGAAUCUGUACCAGGGGAAGCUUGGAGACACCAGGGCCCAGCUCAACAGUGCCCUGGCCAAGCUACGCCAGAUGGAGCAAAAGUUUCAGUGUCUGGACAGCUGGCUGAAUAGCAUGGAGAGCAAAGGUCAACUGAGGAGUCAUCGCCGGUCGAACCGUGCCACCAAGGACGCUCAACUCCAACUGAUAAAGAGUUGGCAGGAGGAGGUGCUAGUGCACCAGGAGGAGGUGGAGGGUCUGAGUGUUCUAGCCCAGCAGAUCAUAGAUGAGACCCACAUCAGCAGCCGGGUCAGCACCAGAGCUACCCAGCUCACCUCCCGCUACCACACCCUGCUACUGCACCUACUGGAGAGCAUCAAGCAGCUGCAGGUGGAGGUGUGUUGCAUUGAGGAGGCCCAGAAUUUGUUCAGGACCUUCUCUGAUUGGCUGAGCUCGGCCCAGAACAACUUCAGCACCAUGGCCAUCAGCAUCAGUGUAGUAGACCGUCUUACUAUGGAGAGGAAGAUGAAGACACUGGAGGCUCUUCAGAGUGACAUGGAGCAGGGCCACAGCUUCCUGAAGACGAUGCGUGAGAAGACAGAGCGGGCCGUGGCCUUCCUGGAGGAACCAGAAGCUGAGCAGCUGAGGGAGGAGGUGGAUGCUCAUAGAUCCCAGCUAGAGGGCCUGAUGGAUGGGCUACGCACGGAGCACAGCUCCCUGGAGAAAUGCAUCUCCCUCUCCAAAGACUUCCUGGACAAGUACAAGGCCCAGGCACAGUGGCUCGCUGAGACCAAGGCUUUGUUAAGCUCACCCAUCGAGCUCAAAGCUGAGCUCUACCAGAAGAAGGCUCAGUUAGCCAAAUAUAAGACAAUCCAGCAGACAGUGCAGUCCCACGAGUCAGCAGUGAGGUCAGUGGUUGAGAAAGGAGAGGUUCUGCUGGAUAUGGUCUGUGACCCCACCAUCAGAGACAACAUGAACAGGUUGCAGAUUGACUACCAGGAACUCUGCACUGCAGCCAAGAGCCAGGUCCAGAGUCUGGUGGAAUGGGUGAAGGAGCAUGAGUGCUACAACAGUGAGCUCCAGGAGGUGGAGAAGUGGCUCCUACAGAUGUCCAGUAGGCUGGUCACCUCAGACUCCAUGCAGACCUGUAGUAUGGAGACGGCCACACAACAACUGGCCCACCACAAGGCAAUCAUGGAGGAAAUAGCUAGUUUUGAGGAGCGCCUGACCAGUCUGAAGGAGAAAGGAGAUGACCUGGUGUCCAGCUGUACAACGGACCAGAUGAAGGCUAAGACCAGCCAGCAGGUCAAGGCUUACCAUCAGGGCACCAGAGACAGCUACUCAGCCAUCUGCAGCAGCGCACAGUGUGUUUACCAGAGUCUGGACAGAGAACUGCAGAAGCAUGUCAGUCACCAGGACACUCUGCAGCAGUGCCAGACCUGGCUCUCCACCGUCAAUGAGGAGCUACUGCUGCACUGUCAACAUCCCUUUGGCAUGCAGGAGGCCCUCAAACAGGUGAAGCACUACAGGGCUCUACAGGAGCAGGCCAGUACGUACCUGGACCUGGUGUGUUCUGUGUGUGACUUGUCUGAUGAUGCUGUGAAAGCCACUGCUGCGGAAGUCCAGCAGGUCAAACACACGAUGGAGGAGAGGAUGUUGAGCUCCCAGGAGCUGUGUGAGGGCUGGAGGGAGAUAAAGGGGCAGAAGCAGGAACUAUCUGAUCAGUUCCAGGACAUGGAGCAGCAGCUUCUCAGCCUCUCCAGAAGACCAGCCGAGCUCGAGACCAAGAUCGCCCACAACAUGCUCACCCAGGCCAAGGAGUUUAGCCAACAGCUGCAAAGUAAACAAGCCACCCUAUCCAGGAUGACAGAGAGUGUGAGUCGUCUGACUGCGGGCCAGGACAGCCCGGAACAUGGGGAGAUAGGGCGUCUGAGCCAUGCCUGGCUGGGGCUAUUUCACCAAGCUAACAGGCUGCAGGGCCAGAGACAGGAGGACCUGCAGAGGAUCCAGGAGUACCACAACUGCAUCACAGCCAUGGAGGCACUGUUUGAGCAAGUGUCCAAGGAGUGGGAUAACCUGGCCAGGACUGAUGCUGAAAGUUCAUCUGAGCACUUGGAGGCACUGAAGAAGCUCGCCAUAGCUCUCGAAGACCAGAAGGGAACUCUGGAGGACCUGAAGGACCAGAGGCAGAAAGUCACCCACCACCUGAACCUGGACGACAAGGAGCUGGUGAAGGAACAGAUCAGCCAUUUUGAGCAGCGCUGGGUUCAGCUGCAGAGCCUCAUCAACAGGAAGAUACAGGACUCUGUGCUGACCCUGGAGGACUUGGCCAAGGUGGAGGCCCGUCUGAAGGAGGCCAGGGAGUGGGCCGAGGAGCAGCAGCCAGGCCUUUCUGAAGCCAUGAAGAUGAGUCCUCCUCCAGAGCUGGCCCAAAGCUUCCUCUUCGACCACCUCAGCAUUUGCAGCGAACUGGAGGCCAAGCAGCUGCUUCUGGCCCAGGCCAUGAGUGAUGCUGACCGUGUCCUGGCUCACCUGGGGCUCAACGAGUGCCAGCGCCUGCAGCAGCUCAUCUCAGACACUCAGGCCGUGGUGGAGUCACUCAGCGUGAAGGUGGCUCAACGCAGGAAGCACCUCAGCAAGGCCUUCACUGAGAGGACCCAGUUCUUGCAGGCUGUCAACCAGUCCAUCACCUGGGUCCAGCAGAAUGAGAAGAAGGCCCAGGCGGAGGAGUACAUCGCACUGCUACCUGACAACCUGGCCAAGCAGGUUAAGGCCUGCAGGAACAUCCAGAGCAGCCUGAAGGCCUACCAGAGCGAGCUGACCUCCCUGUGGUCUCAGGGCAGAGACCUGAUGAAGGACGCCAUACAGGACGAGAAGGUGGAGAUGCUCACCAAGCUGCAGGAGCUGCAGAACAUCUUUGAAAAAGCCCUGCAGAAAUGUGUCCAGAGGCUCCAAGAACUGGACAAGGUGCUUGUCUCCAGGAAGUACUUCAAGGCAGACCUGGAGAAGAUGUGUCAGUGGCUGAAACAAGCAGACAUAGUGACCUUCCCUGAAAUCAACCUCAUGAAUGGCGACUUGGAGCUAAACGUGCAGCUGUUGAAGUACCGGCAGAUAGUAGAGCAGGCGAUGGAAUAUGAAAACCUCUUACUGAUCGUCCAGAGAACUGGUCAGGAGAUCCUGCCCACUCUGAAUGAAGUGGACCACUGUUACUUGGAUGAGAAACUCAAUGCCCUGCCACAGAAAUACAACAGCAUACUGGCUCUGGCCAAAGAGAAACAGGAGAAGAUCGAGCAGGCCAUCCUAGCCAGAAAGGAGUACGCCUCCUUCAUAGAUGUGACUCAUAAUGCAUUGAAAGAACUUGAGGAGCAGUUCCAUAACUUAGGGAUGCAGCCUGUUGGUCUGCAGACAGAGGAGGUUGUGAAUUUACUGAGCGACUACAAAGCUCUUCAGGUAGAUCUGGGCAACCUUGGUCUGGCUGUCAGCGAACUGAACCAGAAGAAAGAAGGCUUCCGCAGCACCGGUCAACCCUGGAGACCUGAAGAGUUGACCCAGCUGGUGAGCCUUUACAAUGGGCUCAAGAGGCUCAUCGAACAGCGUGUGGAGCAUCUCAACGACACACUGGAGUCCUUCGAGGACCACAAGGCCAUGGCCAUGCAGGUGGACUCUGAGCUAAAGGCUACCAAAGAACAGCUAGUCAAGGUCAAUGCAGAGACCCAGUCGGCGGAGGAGAGGCUGAAGAAUUACCAUGCCCUGGCCGGGAGUCUUCAGAGCGCCAGCUCUCACCUCUCCAGACUCAUGGAGCAGAUGGAUGACUUGGCUCCUCAGCUGGACAAGGCUGCCCAUGAGACCUCAAGGGAACAGGUGGUCCUUUGGCAGGAGGAGCUGCAGUCCCUACAGUCUGCCGUGGGGGAGCUGAUAGUGGAGUGUGAGAAUAGGUUUGUCCAGAGUAAAGACUUUGAGACAGAGGUGAAGAGAACACUAGACUGGCUGCAGCAUAUCAGGGAUGAGCUGGGCUGUGCUGUGGUAGUGGAGGACGUGAGGGUAGAAAAGGUCCAGGAAGAGAUCAGGAAACAGCAGAUUAUGCAGGAUGAGGUUCAGUCCAGGCUGAGGAUCGUGGCGGCCCUGAGCAGUAGGGAGAAGCAGAAGUACACCAGCGCCAAUGAACUAGUCCCAGCCCACGUUGACCUGAGCCUGGAGGAGAUGGCCAAGCUACAGGCUGAUGUACAGCAAGCCAUGAGUUCCAAACAGAUCACCCUGGAGCAGGCCUUGGCGUUGUGUCAGAAGUACCACUUCCGGAUGCAGUCUGCGUGUGAGUGGCUGGAGGAUGCUGUGGCCUUCCUACAGCUGGCCAGUCUGGGGGUGGACGUAGAGAACUACGAAGAGUGUCUCCGCCAGCAGGAGGACAUCCUGGCCUCAGAGCAGAAGUUCCUAGACCACCUGCAGGAGUUGGAGGCUCUGCCCCCCCAACUGGAGAACCUGGUUAACCCCACAACCAAGGAACAGCUCAGACUGAAUGUGGAAUCUGCUCAGCAGAGAGGAGUGGAAGUCCGGGAUCAGCUGCAGAGUCACCAGGACGUCCUGAUCAGCUGUGUGGCCAAGUGGAAGUCUUACCAGGAGGCGAGGCAGACGGUGAUUGAACUGAUGAACGAGGCAGAGCAGAAACUUACUGAGUUUUCCACCGCAAAGGCUGCCACCUUUCUGGAGGCCGAGGAGAAACUCAGGAGUCACAGGUCCCUGGUGUCGAUGGUGAAUGGGUUCCAGGAGAAGCUGACAGGGCUGGAGGAGCAGGCAUCACAACUGGAGCUGGUGGGGAGUGAGGCCAGCAAGGCCACGAUCAGCCGCUCCAUGACCACGGUGUGGCAGCGCUGGACCCGGCUACGCAGCGUGGCACGAGGGCAGGAGAGGGUACUGGAGGAGACGGCCCAGGAGUGGAGGACCUUCAGAGAGAAGAUGGUGAAGCUGAGGAGCAUGGUGGAGGAUCUACAGAGCCGUAUUAUAGACUGUGUUGUGGAGAAGGCCUCCAAGGCUACCCUACAGUCUGUGUUGGACCAGCAUGAGCUGCUAAUCCAGGAUGUAGAGAGAGAGCUGUCCUCCCUCACCCUGCUGCGUCAGUAUGCCCUCAGCCUGCUCCAUGACGUGGAGGUCCCUUCACCAUCACCCACCUCUGGACAGGACGAACUACCCAGUCUCAAGGAGAUCAGAGCAGUACAAGACCACCUGGAAAGUCUGCUGCAGCAGGCGCAGACCAAGCGUACCCAGGCUGGGGUGGAGCUGAGGGACAGAGAGGAGGUAGAGAAGAAUCUCAGUGUGGUCAAAGCCUGGAUCCAGGAGACCAGGGAGCUGCUCCUCAACCCCGCCUCAGAUAUAGAUGCUCUGCUGCAGGAGCUGGAGGUGGUUCACGGUGAUGUGAUUGGCUACCGUCAGCAUGUGGAUAAGAUAGCUGAGCAGCAGCAGAGCAAGUAUCUGGAUCUGUACACCAUCCUGCCCUCAGAGAUCUCCAUGCAGCUGGCUGAGGUGUCCCUAGCACUGGGGGCCAUCGAGGACCAGGUUCUGUCCAAAGAGAAAGAGAUCCAGAAGACAAGAGACAUCAAGGAGGACAUCAGUUCCAGGAUCCAUGACGUGUCGGAGAAGAUGAAAGCCAUCUCCACCAGUCUCAAUGACAAAGCCAGCGAUGUCCAUCACGCUAAAGACGAGACCAAGUGUCUUUGUGAUGACCUGGAGAGCUGUCAUCGGACUCUGUCAGAGCUGGAUGCUGCGGUCCAGGAGUUCGGAAGACGAAACCCCAUCUUGGCCAAACAGCUGAGUGAUGCCAUCAUCAAGUUAGGAGACAUCCACCACCACACUGCCAGACUGGCCGAGUGUAGGACCAUCUGGUUCAAAAAGGCAGGGACCCAUCUAGAGGAGUACAAUGAGAUGCUGGACUUCAUAGUGAGGUGGUCGGAGAAAGCCAAGGGCCUGGUGAGGGCCAACAUCAUCUGGAACUCCUCCUCUCAUCUGCAGGAACAGAUAAGGAUGGACGAGUCCAUGCUGCGUGAGUCUCGAGAGCUCCAUGGGGACCUGCAGGCCAUGGGAGAGAAGGUGGAACUGCUGUCUGAGGUGCUGCAGACAGAGAACAUGUCCCAGCAGGUGUGUGAGCUGAGCCGCCACACCGAGGAGCUCCAGCAGACCAUCAGGACACGGCUGCAGAGCCUUCAGGACGCAGCCAAGAGUAUGGAGCCUUUGGAGUACGAGGUGAAGACCCUACAAGUGGCUCUGGAACAGGUCCAAGCUACACUGACCUCUCCUGAACUUGCCCGACAGAGUCUCAAAGAACAACUGGCCCAGAGACAGCGUGUGCUGUCAGAGAUGGAGGGCUUCAAGCAGCAGGUGCAGGCAGUGCAGCUGUGUCAGAGCGCACUGCGUGUCCCAGAGGAGGUGAUGCCUGGCCUGGCUAUCUGUCACACAGCACUGGGCCUACAGCAGGAGGCCAGCCAGCUACAGCAUGUUGCAAUACAGCAAUGCAACAUUCUACAGGAGGCUGUUGUGCAGUAUGAGCAGUAUGAGCAGGAGGCGAAGCAUUUCCAGGGGCUGAUAGAGGACGCCCACAGGGUCAUCCAGGACCAACCCAUUCCCACCAGCAACAUCCAGGAACUGCAGGCUCAGAUCCUACACCAUGAGGAGCUGGCCCAGAAAAUCAAGGGUUACCAGGAGGAGAUAGCCAGUCUGAACUCCAAGUGUAAGAUGCUGACUGUGAAGGCCAAACACGACACCAUGCUACUCACUGUGAGUGACACGGAGCGGGCGGGGCUUACUGUGGAGGACCUGGAUGGAGACACAGACAAACCGUCUGUUCUUAUGAUGACAGCUGGCCGCUGUCACACCCUUCUGUCCCCCGUCAUGGAAGAGUCUGGGGAGGAGGGUACCAGCAGUGAGAUCUCCUCUCCUGUCUGUCGCUCCCCUUCUCCCAGCACUCACACCCAGAUGGGACGAGACACCCUCCCCAGAGCUCCCAUACAGGAGCUAAAUAACCCGACGUUUGAAUCUGAGGCUAACCUAGAUGACCUUCAACGCUCCUGGGAGACCCUGAAGAAUGUGAUCAGUGAGAAGCAGAGGUCUCUGUAUGAGGUGCUGGAGAAGCAGCAGUGCGACCAGGGUUCUCUUCAGUCUAUCUCCUCUAAGAUGGAGGCCAAACUCAACAAGCCACUGGAGGCUGACCGGAGCACAGAUAGUCAUAUGGAAGCCCAUCAGGCCGGGGUGGAGGAGGUUCAGAGGCCGCAGGAGGAGAUAGACAAGCUGCAGACCAGCUUCUCAGACGAGCUUGGUUCUGCUGCUGUGGACGACAUGGCCACCAUACAGAUGAAGGCCUCAGGAGAACGACAGCUACUGGAGGAGCGUGUCAGUGACCGUCUAGAGGAGCAGCAUCAGGAGCAGACCUUACAACAUUACCUCAACCAAGCUGACCAGAUUGACCAAUGGCUGCUCAGCACCCGCGAAGCCCUCUGUCCCAGUGCUGAGGAGGAGCAGCUCAUAGACGGCCAGAACAUGCUGCAGGAGAUAGAGCAGAAGGUGGUGGCCCUGUCGGAGCUGACCAUGCGCAGCGAGAGCCUGCUUCUGGAGGGAAGGCAGGAGACGUGGCUGGACAUGAGGGAGGACACAGAGCAGCUGGCCAGGAAGCUGCGGACGCUGAAGGGAAGUCUGCUGGAGCUGCAGAGGAUGCUGCAGGACAAACACAUCAACAUCCAGGACCAGGAGGACAGAGAGUCUGACUCCACUCUGUCUCAGGGGCCCAGCGUGCAGGACCGCCUGGUCCAGGCCCACACCACACUCUCACAACACCACCAGGACAGCCUCCAGAGACAGAGGGAGCUGGAGGAGCAGCUAGCUGAACAGAAGAAGCUGUUACAGUCUGUAGCCAGUAGAGGAGAGGAGAUGCUGAUAAAGCAGGCCUCACCUAGCAGUGUCAGUAUGACAGAGCCCUUCUCUCCGGAGAUACUGCUGGAGCGAGAGACCCGGGCUGCCCAAUACCAGAUGAGACAGAGGUGGGAGAGCCUGAGGAAAGACCUGCGCACCAAGCUCCAGCUCCUACAGAAAACCCUGGAACAAGACCACAAGCAACAGGUUUACUCCAGAACUGCCGCUGGGACCCUGUUUAAAGGAGGGAUGGGUAAAACAGAGGAUACAUCUUCACUGAAGACGUUAUAUGAGGGUUUCAGCCAAACGAUGGAGGAGAUGUCUUGUCAAACUGGGGCCUCUGAGGGCAAGGUGAUCCCCAUGGAGCAGCAUCUCUACCAGGCCGUGUCAGCUACCUCCUCCUGGCUGGAUGGUGUGGAGAACACCCUGUUCUCUGGUCCUGUGCUGCUGACAGAGAACGCUGAGACACAGCUACAAAACCAGGAGGCCUUAGGGAAGGAUGUCAGUGAGGUGACUGGGGAGGUGAGCCACAGUCGGGGUCUCCUAGGCCAACCUACAGGGCUGUGUGUGGAGGACCAGGUCCUGUUAGAGGACGCACUGGACUGUCUGACAGAGAGGUUGCAAACUCUGGACUCUGCCCUGGAGCGACGCUGUGAACACAUGAGGACUAGGAUGCAGGAACUCACUUACUAUCAGAUGGAGUCACAGCUUCUCCUUGCUGAUUUAACCGACACCAAGUGUCAGAUCCUUCAGACGUUGGCUGGAGCCACGGACAGACCAGGAUCCAAACAGCUUGAGGUCAUAGCUGAGGCUGAGGAGGGUUUGAGAGAGUUUGAGCAGAGAAUCACCCAGCUGAAAACAAGAGGAACAGAACUACAGGCAGAACAGAUGUCCACCAAUGAGAUGCUCAAGCUACAGGAUGCCUAUGAGGAGUUGGUGAUGACGGUGGGCUCGCGGCGUAGCAGCCUGAACCAGAACAUGGCUCUGAAGGGGCAAUAUGAGCGGGCUCUGCAGGACCUGGCUGACCUGAUGGACACUGCUCAAGACAAGAUGGCCGGCGACCAGAGGGUCAUCGCCAGCUCUGUGGAGGAAGUUCAGAUUCUCCUUGACAAACACAAGGAGUUCUUCCAGGGUCUGGAGUCCCACAUGAUCCUGACGGAGACGUUCUUCAGGAAGAUCAGUGGCCUGGUGGUUCCCAGAGAGAAGCAGGCUCUGGAGGAGAUACUGACCCUGGCCCAGGGAGUCCUCAAACAGGCCCACAGGAGAGGGGUGGAGCUGGAGUACAUACUGGAGACUUGGAGCCGUCUGGUGCCGGACUACCAGGCUCUGUGUAUGCAGUUGGAGGCAGUGGAGGGUAGCAUCCCCACAGGGGGCCUGGUGGAGGAGACAGAGGAGAGCCUCACUGAGAGGAGUUCACUCUAUCAGAGUCUGAAGGGCAGACUGAUGGAGCACCAGCACAAGCUGAGCCAGGUGCUGGAGGAGGGGAAGAGGCUGCAGCUGUCUGUGUGCUGUCCUGGCCUGGACACAAAGCUCGCAGUGCUAGGGGAACACUGGCUCAGCAACACUACCAAGGUCAACAAGGAGCUGCAGAGACUGGAGGCCAUCCUCAAAUAUUGGACCAGGUAUCAGAAGGAGUCGUCAGAGCUGAUUGGCUGGCUGCAGUCUGCUCUAGAACGUCUGGACUUCUGGAACAAUCAGGCAGCCGUAGUUCCACAGGAGAUGGAGACCCGCAGGGACCUUCUCUCUGCCUUCCUGGUCUUCUGUAAAGAGGUGGAGUCGCGUUCAUCUCUGAAGAAUUCUGUGCUGACUGAGGGCAACCAGCUACUGAGACUGAAGAGGGUUGGAACUGCAGCCCUGCGGUCUGACCUGGCCCGCAUAGACUCAGAGUGGACCCAACUACUCACACUCAUCCCAGGUGUGCAGGAGAAGCUACACCAGUUACAAAUGGAGAAGUUGGCCUCUAGGCAUGCCAUCUCUGAGCUGGUCAACUGGAUGUCUCUGAUGGAGAAUGUGAUUGGAGAGGACGAGGAGAACCUGAAAGGAGCAGUGGGGUCGACUGUCAUCCAGGACUAUCUACAGAAAUACAAGGGCUUCAGAGUUGAUGUGCGCUGUAAGCAGCUGACGGUGGACUUUGUGAACCAGUCUGUGCUCCAGAUCAGUGAUCAGGAUGUGGAGAGCAGGCGCAGCGACCAGACAGACUUUGCCGAGAAGCUGGGAGUCAUGAACCGACGCUGGCAGUUACUACAGGGACUCAUCACGGAGAGGGUCCAGUUCCUGGAGACUCUGCUGGAGGCCUGGUUGAACUAUGAGAACAACAUACAGGGCCUGAAGACCUGGCUGCUCACUCAGGAGGAGAGACUGAAGAGGAAACCCAGGAUAGAGGACCUAACCUCCGUACAGAACGCUCUCAAUGACUGCCAGGAGAUGGAGGAGAAGGUGAAGGAGAAGGAGAGUGAGGUGGAGCGGGUGGAGGAGCAGGCCUGUGCCCUCAUCCAGAACAAGACCGACGAGGCCUGCGCUGUCGUCAUGGAGACGCUCCAAGCUGUCAAUCACACCUGGGCUAACCUGGACCACCUGAUCGGCCAGCUGAAGAUCAGCCUCGUGUCAGUGCUGGACCAGUGGAGUCUGUACAAGUUGUCCUCAGAGGAGAUGAAUGGCUACCUGAUGGAGGGGAGGUACUCUGUGUCCCGUUUCCGCCUCCUCACCGGCUCCCUGGAGGCUGUACAGCUCCAGGUGGAGAGUCUCCAGAGCCUACAGGAGGAAUUGGAGAAGCAGGAGGGCAGUCUGAGGAAGUUUGGCUCUGUGACACACCAGCUGCUGAAUGAGUGCCACCCGUCUGUGUCCGACUCCCUCAACAAAACCCUGAAGGAUGUCAACGCUAGGUGGAGCAGUCUUCUGGAAGAGAUCUCAGAGCGUCUGAGGAGCAGUAAAGCCCUGCUACAGCUGUGGCAGCACUACAAGGAGCUGUAUGGAAAGAGCAGCUCCAGUGUCCAGCUACAAGAGGAGCAGGCUGACCGACUCCUGGAGACCGCCUGCACCAAGGACAUCACAGACGAGGAGGUCUCCACCUGGAUCCAAGACUGCAGCGAGUUGCUUCGUUCCCAGGCUCCAGUGAAGGCAUCUCUACAGGUUAUUCAGGAGCUAGGAGAUCAGCUGAAGCAACAGGUGGACACCUCCGCGGCGUCUGCCGUCCAGUCAGACCACCUCUCUCUGACCCAGCGCCUGGUCACUGUGGAGCAGGCCCUCAGCAGACAGCUCACUACACUACAGAUGGGAGUCCAGGACUAUGAGACCUUCAAUGAACAGCUGGGUUCCUUAGGUCGCUGGAUGGUGGAGGGAGAAGAGGCUUUGAAGGUCCAGGAUCCCAACGGUUCUUCUGACCUGUCCAUCAUCCAGGACCGAAUGGAGGAACUCAAGAGACAGAUCUUGAGAUUCAGUAGCAUGGCUCAUGACCUGGAGCGUCUCAACGAGCUGGGCUACAGGCUUCCUCUCAACGACACUGAGAUCAAACGCAUGCAGAACCUUAACCGUAGCUGGUCUGCAGCCAACGCCCAAACCACUGAGAGAUUCAGCAAACUGCAGUCAUUCCUGCUGCAGCAGCAGACGUUCCUGGAGAAGUGUGAGACAUGGAUGGAGUUCCUGGUACAGACAGAGGAGAAGCUGGCCGUGGAGAUCUCUGGGAACUACGAGAGGCUGACGGAGCAGCAGAGAGCGCACAAACUAUUUCAGGCUGAGAUGUUCAGCCGUCAGCAGAUCCUCCACUCUAUAAUCAGUGAUGGCCAGAGGAUGCUGGCUCAGGGACAGGUGGAUGACAGGGAUGAAUUCAACCUGAAGUUGUCGCUGUUGAGUAACCAGUGGCAGGGCGUGGUGCGUCGCGCCCAGCAAAGGCAGGGUGUCAUCGACAGCCUGAUCCGCCAGUGGCAACGUUACAGGGAUAUGUCAGAGAAGCUGAGGAAAUGGCUAGUGGAGGUCUCACACCCCGCCGAGGCCCUACUGGCUGGGGUGCCCGUACCCCUGCAGCAGGCCAGAUCCAUGCUGGACGCAGUUCAGAUAAAGGAGAAGGUCCUACAGCGACAGCAAGGCUCUUACAUCCUGACAGUAGAAGCUGGGAAGCAGCUGCUCCUAUCUGCAGACAGCAGGGUAGAGGUAUCUCUGCAGGGAGAGGUCACAGACAUCCAGGACCGCUGGAGACACGCCACCAUCUGCCUGGAGGAACAGAGACGUGAGCUGGACAACCUGAUGAAGGACUGGGAGACAUGUGAGAGAGGCAUCGAGGGUUCUCUGGAGAAGCUGAGGGAGUUCAAACGGCAGUUCUCUCAGCCCCUCCCUAAUCACCACGAGGACUUGCAAGCUGAACAGAUGCGAUGCACGGACUUGGAGAAGACGUUUGACGGCUGGACAGAAGACCUAGCCCAUCUGACGGUGCUGAGGGAGUCCCUGUCUAGCUACAUCAGUGCUGAGGAUCUGUCUGUUCUUCAGGAACGCAUGGAGCUGCUGCACCGCCAGUGGGAGGAGAUCUGUCACCAGCUAUCCCUGCGGCAGCAGCAGGUGGGUGAGAAGCUGAAUGAGUGGGCUGUAUUUAAGGAGAAGAACAGGGAGCUCUGUGAUUGGCUUACCCAAAUGGAGAGCAAGGUCUCCCAGAACGGAGACGUCAGAAUUGAGGAGAUGAUCGAGAAGCUACGCAAGGACUACUAUGAGGAGAUAGCGGUGUCUCAGGAGAACAAGCAGCAGCUGUACCAGCUGGGGGAGAGACUUUCCAAGGCCAGCCAUGAGACCAAGGCAUCUGAGAUAGAACACAAACUCAGCAUGGUGGGCGAGCGCUGGCAACACCUGCUGGACCUCAUCGGAGCCAGAUUGAAGAAGCUGAGGGAGACUCUGGUGGCAGUGCAGCAGCUGGAUAAGAACAUGAUUAGUCUGCGGUCCUGGCUGACCCACAUAGAGACUGAACUGUCCAGACCCAUCCUAUACGACACCUGUGACUCCCAGGAGAUACAGCGGAAACUGGACCUGCAGCAGGAGCUUCAGCGUGACAUAGAGAAGCACAGCACAGGUGUGGCGUCUGCGUUGAACCUGUGUGAGGUGUUGUUACACGACUGUGACGUCUGUACCACGGACACAGAGUGUGAUUCCAUCCAGCAGACCACCAGGAACCUGGACCGCCGCUGGAGGAACGUCUGUGCCCUGUCCAUGGAGAGGAGGCUCAAGAUUGAAGAGACAUGGCGUUUAUGGCAGAAGUUCUUAGAAGACUUUAUGCAUUUUGAGGAGUGGCUAGUGACCUCAGAGAAGACCGCUGCUCUACCCAACUCUUCAGGAGUACUGUACACAGUAGCCAAGGAAGAACUCAAGAAGUUUGAGGCGUUUCAGUGUCAGGUCCAUGAGAGCCUGACCCAGCUGGAGACGAUCAAUAAACAGUACCGCCGUCUGGCCAGGGAGAACCGCACAGACUCCUCCUGUCGCCUCCGGGAAAUGUCCCACGACGGGAACCAGCGCUGGGACAACCUGCAGAAGAGGGUGGCUUCCAUCCUCCGCAGGCUCAAGCACUUUAUUAAUCAGCGUGAGGAGUUUGAGACGGCCAGAGACAGCGUCGUGGUGUGGCUCACUGAGAUGGACCUGCAGCUCACCAACAUAGAACACUUCUCAGAGUGUGACAUCCGAGCCAAGAUCAAACAGCUCCGGGCGUUCCAGCAGGAGAUUUCUCUGACCACGGGGAAGGUCAAGCACAUCUUCCACCAGGGAGAGGUGCUGCUACAGAAGAGUGAGCCUCUGGACGCUGCUGUUAUAGAGGAGGAGCUGGAGGAGCUGCGGAGAUACCACCAGGAGGUGUUUGGACACGUGGAGCGUUACUAUAAGAAGCUGAUCCGACUACCGCUGACAGGAGAAGAGUACGAUGUGUCAUUCUCGGACCGGGAGAUUGAACUGGAUGAACCUGGGCACCUGUCCAGCAUUCCCUGGAGUGAACGUCUUGGAGACUGCCUGAGUUCCCCUCUGCCCUCCCUGACUGCCCCCCUCCGUACUGGGGCUGAGCGCUCGGGCAGGGGCACCCCAGCCAGCGUGGACUCCAUCCCCCUGGAGUGGGACCAUGACUACGACCUGAGAAAGAGGCUGGAGAGUGCCAGCAUGGCCCUGGGUCUGGCCUCUGAGCACGGGGAGCACAGAGAGGAGGGGAGCUACCAAGGAUCAGCUUCUGCUUCCUCUCUGUCAGGAGAGAGAGGUACCCUGGACACCCACAUCCUUCAGGUGGACAGGGUUCUGGACACCAGCCGGUGUAUGAUGCAACAGACAGAGAACAUCAUCCGCAGCAGAACCCCCACCGGGCCAGAGCUGGAUGCAUCAUACAUGGGAUAUAUGCGUCUGCUGGGAGAGUGUCGUAGCAGUAUAGACACGGUGAAGAGGGUUGGCUAUGAACUGAAGGGGGAGGGGGACAAGGCCUCAGGACUUGCUGACACCUUUGAUGAUGAAUCACAAACAACAGGUGUGAUACAGCGCUGGGAGUUGCUGCAGGCCCAAGCCCUCAGUAAAGAGAUGCGUCUGAAGCAAAACCUUCAGCAGUGGCAGCAGUUCAACUCUGACCUCAACGCUGUGUGGGCGUGGCUGGAGCAGGCAGGGGAGGAGCUAGAGCAGCAACGGAGGCUGGACCUCAGCACCGACAUCCAGACCAUCAAGCUGCGCAUAAAAAAACUGAAGGAGCUGCAGAAGGCUGUUGACAAGCGUAAGGCCACAGUGCUGUCCAUCAACCUGUGCAGUGCAGAGUUUGUCCAGUCUGCCACAGAAGAGUCCCAGGACCUGCAGGGCAGGCUGAAAGAGAUGAACAACCGCUGGGACAGAUUGGGCACCUCUCUGGGGGAGUGGAGGGCAGCGCUACAAAAGGCCCUUAUGCAGUGUCACGACUUCCAUGAGAUGAGUCACGGCCUGCUACUGUGGCUGGAGAACAUUGACCGCAGGAGGAACGAGAUUGUUCCCAUUGACCCCAUCCAGGACAGCAACACUCUCCAUGAGCACCACAAAACACUCCUGAAAAUCCGCUGUGAGCUGCUGGACACCCAGAGGAAGGUGUUGUCCCUGCAGGACAUGUCCCUGCAGCUGCUGGUCAACAGCGAGGGCAGUGACUGUCUGGAGGCCAAGGAGAAGGUUCAUGUCAUCGGGAACCGCCUCAAACUGCUCUUCAAGGAGGUGACCAAAGACCUCAGAGAGCUGGAGAAGACUCUGGACAUCACCAGCAGCCAACAGGAUCUGUCUACGUGGUCGUCAGCUGAUGAGCUAGACACCACCUCUGGUUCCAUAAGCCCGGUGUCGAGCAGGAGCACGCCAAGUCGCCGUCGAUCGCAACGUGGCAAAUGUAGUAUGUCACAGCAGACCUCUGGACCCUCUGUGAGCAGGCCACACAGAUCACACAGGUUUCCCGUCGCUGGGUCCGCUUCCUCCCCUUCUGAGGCAGAGGGGAAAUCAUCAUCAUCCUCACAUUUCCUGUACCGCGUCCUAUGGGUGGCGGUGCCCCUCCAGCUGCUCUUCCUCUUGCUGCUUGUGGGCAUGGUCUGCCUGGUGCCAAUGUGUGAGGGGGAUUUCGACUGCACCCAGUCCAAUAACUUUGCCCGUUCCUUCCACCCUAUGCUACAAUACACCAACGGGCCUCCUCCUGUAUAGUCUUUCAUGACAGACCAAACAUGUGGUUCUGGGUGUCGAGUGAGAUUACAUAUGUCAGCCUGGCCCUGGUAUGGAGACAAACCUGAGGAGGACACUUUUUGAACUUCAUGACUGUUGGGGAUUUCAACUCUAUGGGUCUCUCUCCUGUUGUUUUUCCCCCAAUAACAGUACGGGAACUGUUUCAAUGCUCCGCUAGCUUGCAGCUUCCAUGAAGAGUAGAGAUAUGGCGUUCCGUCAUUCUGCACCUUGUGUUGCCAUGCAUAAGCAAGCAUCAUAGGAUGCCAAAACCUUAGUUAUAUCUUCUUUGUUCUGUAUGGAUGAAGUACAGCAGCACUCUUAACUUGUCUUUUCAUUCGUGUCAUCUUUUAGUUUUCUGUUAUAUUGUAUGUAUAGACAAAGAAGCGUCUUAGGAGCAGCAAAUGUAAGAACCCAAAAAAUUUCUGACGGCAGUCAGGGGAUAUCCCCCGGAUACCUGUUAAGGUACAACACAUGCCAUGUGUUGCCAUUUGUCCCCUAGUUCAAUGCAGAGCAUAUACCCUGUGAAUGUGUCUGUUGUUACAAUUGAACACUUGUGAAAAAACAUUUUAAGAUUACUUAUUUUGCAAUAUUAUUAUUUUUUUACAUGUGUUUUGACAUGCAGUUAUGAUUUUUGCUUAUGGGUGUGUCUGUUAUGAAUAUUUGAUUUUUAAUCUGAAUUAUACCUGGGCGUAAGAAUCUAUUUAGUCUGAAUUGUGUAUUGAAUGUGUAUGUAAAAGAAUGGCAAUAAUGAAGAUUUAUUUGCUAUAAACUGUUUAAAAGCAUAAGAAACCUUGACAAAUCAUGUGGACAUUUAUGAAUGAAAUAAUGUACACAUUGUUAUUUUUCUAGCUGAAAAUAUGGAUUCUACAAACUAACUAUUAAUCAAAGGUAUAACGAAUUAUAAAACUGUAUAUUUUCUAUGGCUCUGUGUGUUUAGUAUUAAAUGUAUAACAGUCCAGGAUUAACAUAUUCUGUACAUAAUAUAAAUGUAUAUCUAUAAUCUAUAUCUGACCCUAAAUUACAAAUAUUGAAUGCCAAAUUCUCA